AUGGAGGGUGCUAUCCUUAGCACCCAGAGUAAUAACAGAUUUCGUGCACACCUGAAGAAUGCUGCGACAGCUUUGUGCGCUCGUACGCUGCCAAAAUCGAGGAGUAAUGAUACAGCGUCAAGUAGCGUGAAGCAUCACACUUACCCAAGAGCCACUCCGCCGAAGCGGGCACCCAUUUUAUGUCGGAUGGAGCCGCUUAUAUGCGAUUUGCCAGCUCCGUUGAAAUCGAAUGACAUUAAAAGUGAUGUCAAUCACACGCCUAAAUCGAAUGGUGUUGUAAAGUUGCCGGGAACUUUGGCUAGGGAGGUGGCGAACGCCUGGGAGUGCCGCGUGGGACCGCCCGCCCAACCCGCGCCCGCCUACAUCGUGCAGAGCCUCUUCAACGACUUAGAACUAUAUCCUACUAAGACUCAGGUUUUUGAGAUGCUGGUAUGUGCGCGCCAGUGUGCUCGACGGAAAUCCCUGAUCCUCACUUUUGGGGAGUUUUGUGUCUUCGCUGCUGAGUUGCGACGGUGCUCCAGGCAGACCAGAUCGACGUCAAAUAAACCUGAGUCGCCCGUAUGGAGUGUCGACAAAGAGCUAAGAGAGAAGGAUAUCUGUAAACAUGUUAAUGGUAAGUGA